CUUCAUAAAAGUUGUACUUUUAUCCCAUUUUGUAUUCCUCUUUAAGUGAUUUUUAGGGCAUUAUCUUGUCGUGAUGAAGACUCAGAAAAUGCCUGGUGAAAUUCUAGAUCUAACCAAGAAGAAGAAAAAGAAGAUGAAGAAGCUGAGUAUGCUGGCUCCUGAUCAGCAGAGUAUCAUCCCUCCUGAUGAACAGCGUUGUUGUAGAACUGAUAAUGUAAAAUGGAGGUGCAAGAAUUUUAGAAUGAGGAGUUGUGGUGGUGCUGCUGCUGAUGAUAGUGGUGCUCUUGAUAAUAAAUAUUGUGAAAAACAUUGCAAUUAUUAUGUUGCAAUCCAAACUAAGAAGAAGCUUAAGAAGAAAAGUGUAGAUGAUGAAGCUGAUUUUUCUAGUAGUGAUAUAGAAACUAGGGAUUCAAAAUGCUUGAAAUGGCAGAGGAAGCGGCUAGCGGAGGAAGAUGACCGGACAGGAGUUCAACCACCUACUAAUCAUACCCGUGACUCUGAUAGAAAUAUAGAAGGUAGUUCUGCUAAAAUUGGGGCGAAGAGGAAAAAAGUCGAAAGAACGGAAACUUCUGGAGAACUAAAAUCAUUAGCAGAAAUUAGGGAGCCUGUGGUUGAACCGGAGAGUCUGGAUCUCAAGAAGAACAAAGUUGAGCUCACUGAACCCCGGAGUAAAUAUGCGGAGGAAGAAACUAGAAAGGCUGCUGCUGGAGAUGAGGAUGCAGCUGAAUAUUGGAGGAAUAAGUUUUCGGAUUUGCAGAGUCAAUUUCUAAUGAUGGAGAAAGAAAAUUCAACAAUGAGAUGUGUCAUUCCGAAUUUGGAGAGCCUAGUCCAGACGAUGGAAAAUAAAAAUUCAGCAAUGGCGAGGUGUGUAGAGUCUCGCAUUUCAAAGUUGGAGAGCCUAGUCCUGAGGAUGGAAAAUGAAAAUUCAACAAUGGGAUGUCUAGAGUCUCGCAUUUCAAAGUUGGAGAGGCUAGUCUUGAGGAUGGAAAAUGAAAAUUCAACAAUGGGAUGUCUAGAGUCUCGCAUUUCGAAGUUGGAGAGUCUAGUCUUGAGGAUGGAAAAUGAAAAUCCAACAGCUGCGGGAUGUCCAGAGUCUCGCAUUUCGAAGUUGGAGAGUCUAGUCCAGAGGAAUGGAAAGAAAAGUUCAAUACUGAGAUGUGCAGAGUUGCGUAAUUCUGAAAAGAUAAUUGAGCCUGAAGAGUGUUUGCAGAAUGAAGUUACUCAAAGUGGUGUAAACCCAAGAGAUGAAAACACCAGGAACGAACCUAAUGCUGAAACCAACAGUGGAGUGAGGGAGGAUUCUCAUGUGUACAAGUUGAACCCCGCAGAGAAUGUGCUGAAUGUGUACCACGCUAGCAUCAAUAAGCAUCAUGAGUCGGAGUCUGAAUAUGUGAACAUUUCUUCUGUAAGUUUACAUUUAUUAAAUUGGGGUGAUAAUGUUAAAGAAGGGAGGGGUUGGGGCUGUGUUGAGGAGAGACCAUCUCAACAUGGAUCAUCAUCUCAAGAUCAAUUGGGAAUGAGUAAGAAACCUUUUUUGAACUUGGUCUCGGAUAACGGUGGUGAAAGUCCCGGCGAAUCUGAAGAUUCUGAUAGUUCUGUUGAUCCGAAGAAUUCUCUUGGUGACCUUUUGGAUAUGAUGCCGAUAAAUAGCUGGAACAGUAACAAAGACCAAGAGAUUAAAUGGAAGUUUGAAGCUGAUAUGCUUUCUUCAUUUGAAGAGCAUCUUGAACUCUGUUUAAAAGCUGUUUGUGCUCUCUAUCGACAGCAUGUAUCUGAAGACGCAAUAUCAGCCAAGGGACUGUUCCAUUGCAGUGAUGCAUUCAGGGUUACUACUUUGGCCAAGUUCUUAAUGGAUAGGGACUGCAAAGGUGACCUAAAGAAGUCUGUAAAAGAGUUGGAGAUAUUUGAUUCUAAAGCGGUUGAAGACUGCAAGAGGCUGGCUAGAAGUUACUCAAAGCAGUUAUUCAGUAUCUACCAAAAGGGAAAAGAUCCUUAUUUCCUUCCCGCUACAACUGCCAGCCAUGGACAUCAAACCGCUAAGUGAUAGAUUGUUGUGUAAGUGGCCUUCACUUUUUUUCACUAGCCAUUGCAAUCUUGCAUCUCCAAUUAACCUCCUCAAAUGUUGUACAUAUAUGAAACUGAAAACUGGUUAGCAUACGUACAUUGGAUCUGUGUUGACUCUCCAAUGUUGCAUGUGAUAUUACAGUAGUCACACUUCAGGUUGUUUUAAUAGAUGUAAAUGGAGAAAAAACAACAACCCUUGUUUUAGCUCAUCGAACUGAUAAUGAAAUGCGUAAAAUCUAAUUACUGAAAUUAGAGCUAGAUUACGCCUUCUUUUUUUUUGGGUACUGUAAUGUCUCUUAAUUUUUGUCAAUAGAAAUUGUAACAAGGUUGUUGUGA